AUGACUUCAAUCAUCUUCGCUGUAAUCCUUGCGAUCUUUGCGCUUAGCUCGGCGCAUCCAAUGGAAAAGCGACAGAACGAUGGCUCGUGGAGUCUUUAUGCAUAUGGCCACAACAUUGACGGGCUGCCUGUCUUCUAUGCAGACGGUAAACAUCCCCUCACCCUUCAACGGAUCACCAUUAAUUAUAUUUGCCGCACAGGUCAAGCUCAGAUCGGUGAUAUGGCUCUGUCAAACGCAACCAGCAAGUCUGCAUUUUCUCCUACAGUGACAUUUGGCGACGAACCAAACACCUGGGUUGCUCAUCCCGAUAACACGACCACCCUGGCCAAUACUACCAAUCUGCUGGGAUUGAGCGAUACUGGCACAAUGGCUUGUCCAGUCGUUUUUACCCCGAGCCAGGCAAGUAACAGCACAAACAAGUUGGCACCACAAACCAACGUGUGGACUUUAUAUGGAAAGUACGUUGUGUGUAGCCAGGACAGGGUCAAUUUUUACGCCCAACCGACAGGACGAGAUGGGUGGUAUAUCUUGCUAUGGAGUGCAACGACCGAUGCAGCUCUUCAGAAUAUUCCGGUGGCUCUAAGAACCAUUGGCCCUGCCUCUGGCUAA